AGGGGGCGGUGGCUCGCUCGCACGCUCCGCUCCGCGGCCGAGCACUUUUUUAUCGGUUCCGCCGACUCGCUUCGGCCCGCUCGGCGAUAACAAUGGCCGUAUGCUGUGUAUGCUCGGCGUCGCUCGCGACAGGCCGAGGGCAAACGGUCACCGGAGCCACCGCCGCCAACCGCCGCGACGAUGCCGACGGGUGCGACUCGCCCGAGCAUCGCCGCGCAUUCGGCAAUCUCAACCAGCGAGACGAAUGACUGUCGUGGUCAAAAUGGACCUGGCGGAAACUAUGAAGAAUAUUGUUGCCAAAGGUAUGCAAACAGAAAUGGGUCCACCAAGUGGAGGAUCAGGUUAUCCUGCUACACCAAGCAGCGCCGGUUACGUAACGGAGAAGAUGUACAUGUUGUUACAAGCGUAUUUGCAAAAUAAGGGGUGGAAUCCUAGUAUGGAGCUGUUGCAAUGUUUUUCUGAAUUCAAGGAUGCCUCCAUGAUGCCAAGCGCUGCUUAUUUGCAGAUGAUGGCUUCCAGAGUUGCAUUGGAUUCGCAGGGAAGACUAGUCCUGAGAGAGAACGGAAAGAUAAUACUUCCCUAUGAACACUUUGCCAAUGCUGUAAUGUUAAAACAUAUGAAUGGGCCACAUGGUUUACACUUGGGCUUGGAGGGUACAGUUAGAGCAGUCAUGGAAUCUUACACCAUCGGAAGAGAAUGCUUUGGAAUGGAGAAGGAAUUCAUCAUAGAAGUUGUGCAGAACUGCCCCAAUCCUGCGUGUCGUUAUUACAAAAAUCAGCUGGAACUCACUCAGAAGAUGGGUCACAUGGCGCCGACCUACAUCCAAGAAAACGAAGCAACUGCAUCUCUUCUGCGCACCGGGUUUCCUCAUAGCACAGAUUUCCAGGCGACACUAAGCAGUGCUAAUCCAAAUACACAUAUGGGAGGAGGAUCGGCGGCUGAUCUACCGGAAAUGAGAGGUGCUGGCAACCAAAUGAAUCUUCAACGUCCUCCAAGCCGUCCAUCAUUAAAUAUUCCGCAUCGGCCUGUAUCGCAAGAGAAGAAAGUGGCAUCCGGCAAGCAGCAUUACGAAUCUCUAAUACCUAAUAUACCAAUUUCCGAUCACAAGUUGACGGACUUUCUACGCACCAAUCUCGACAACUUGGACAAUCUCACUGGACUCGGUUUAGGAAACUUACAAGGAUUAGGGAACGCCAAUAAGGAUCUGUUGGCGCUGCACAACGGCGCAUGGUCUUUAGACAAUGAAAAGGGAUCUCGGUCGUCAUCUGCAAAUUCGGAAGGUGGUCAAGAGAAGAUUGUGCGUGCUUUUGCAGAAGUGAUGAAGAACAUGGCGAGGAUGAAAGCCUGUGUACGGCCGGCAAUGUGCAAGCCGUAUGGCAAACAAUCCGAGGCUCUGACAAAAACAUUGGUUGACACAAUACAGCUGGUACAAUCGUUGAGAAGUUUUUUGCCGCCUCCGCAUAUACCAGUCUCGAGUUGGAAAAACGAAGAUAAACACCGAUUAGAUCACACCGGCACUCCUUACUUGUCAACGUUAAAAGCUGGUGCGAUGGAAGAAUUGUGCGAGCAGCGUAAGCUAGACUGAGCGUCGUCUUCGCUUUACUCGCGACAGACCAAGUUCGUCUUUUUACGCUCUAUGAUGUUCUAGUCACAAGAUGUUUAUUGAUUAGCUGGGUGUUUCGUAUUUAAACAACCCGAUGGAUUGCUCAAAAAAAAGUUGUUGGCAUUUAGGACUUCAAAUACUAAGAGACAAAAUGAGUCAUGCGUGGACUGUGAUAAACGUGGGUAGCGAGAAAAAAAAUUUAUAUGUAGGACUAAACUCACAUCGCGUCAUCUUAGGGAUUCUUACUAGCUUUAUUUCAUCGCUGUAACGUGAUUUUGUAAUUGUAAUUGCUCUCAAGCUGCCUAUGGAGCUUAUAUAUUCGGCGAAUAAUAUAUCGACUAAUAUCCCGCGUUUCUCGGAUGCCGAGCGAUUAAGCUGCGGCGUGAAUCAUUAUCAUGAUGCGUGGUACGAACAGCAUUUAUAUUUUUACUGUGUCGAUUUAACAAUUUUGCCGCUUGUGUUCCAAUCUGAUUACCUGAUUAAUAAUAUGUAUAAUGUAGGGCUUUUUUAUAUACUGUGUAUAAAGCUGUUACAUAAGCGUGUAAAACUUAAGUCGAAAUGAGAAGCAAAGACUAAAUUUGGCCUGGUACAAAAGCUUUUUGCUACUAAUCAAUGUUUAACGUUUGCGAUAUAGGUGCGUAAAGGAUGGGAUAGCAGUUUCCCUUAUUAUUGGUGUUAUUUUGUUUUUAUAUGUUUUUAGCUGUUUGUUAGAUAUAAUAUAUUGUUUAACUUUGAAUUAACAUAGGGAGUUAUUCAACUAGCGAAAAAAAAUUGCGGUGUUUCGAUUUAUGUAUAUAUUUUCUCCAAAAAGAAGAAAAAAAAGAAAAGGUAUAUGUAUUCGUUAUUAUUUAUUUUUAAGGAUAAGAUGAGCAUAUAUCUAUUGUUACUUCUAGUACUGUUCGCCAAUCGAGCACGCGUUACGAAUGUUAAAAAGAUUCGCGAUACACUUUGUAAGCUCCAUGGGCAGUGAUAUGCGGUGUGCACGUAAAAAAAAGUCAUUGGUCAAUUCAUAGGUAUUUUUUAAGAAACAAAUUAUUUCUUAAUAUAUAAAUAUAAAUAUAUCUAGUAAAGGAAAAUGGAACGAAAUCGUUACGUCAUUAGAGGAUUCUUAAGAGGAUGUGAUUUGCACUGACGCUCAAAGACUUUUCACCGUGCACUAAGUAUUAUAUUGCGCAGAAACGUUUUUAUUCUUGCGGGAGAAACUGCGAAUAGGGGGACUGCGUUUGUGAUUUCGAUCAAUCGCUGUGCCUCGGCGUAAAAAUAAAAAAAA